GGAAUCGCCCAACCAGAGAUAAUGCCUUCAAACUCAAUAACACGAUCAAAGCCUGAAGUUUUUCCAGUAUGCGAUCAGUAUUCUACUGUUGCUACUAAAUCUAAAAAACUUGCGAAAGUAUGUGUCUUUCUUGUUAUUAUCGUUAUAGCUAUCCCAAUACACGUUGUUGCACAUUUUCAGGAAUUAUUGGAUACAGAAAGGAAAUAUUGCCAUGAUCUAGCCAGUUGUUAUAAAGUUUUUACUCAAGGAUUGCGCGAAAUAAUUACCAUUGAACUCAAGAAAAAAUUAUUUUUGAAUUGUAAAGAACUGAUAUCAGUUUCUAAUUCUGUGCAUAAUGCGCUCACUCAGCAGUCACCUGGUGAUGUGUUCGUGGAUAAAAUUCCUAUGCUUCGUGCUUAUGUCGAAUUUUGUUCAAAACAACAAGCAGCGCUAGAAACGCUACAUGAACUUGAACAAAACAGCGCUUCAUUUAGACAGGUAAACUUUUAUUUCAUUUCUAUGAAGUUGGUUAUUUCUAAUCCUAAAAUUUCCUAUCGUUCUUGCUGUAUGAAAACAAAUGGACUGAAUCUCAAUUACUUUCUACUUUUACCGAUGAGUCGUAUCACUCGUUAUCCACUGAUUUUUGAGAAGCUUGUCAAGUGUACUAGUUUAGAUGACCCGAAACGUAAGAAUCUUGAAAAAGCACAUGAGUCGCUAAAAUCUUUAUGUGCGGAAAUCAAUGAUGUUAUCAAUGCCAUGGAUAACUCAAGCAUGCUUAUUUGGGCCCAACAACAUAUUCAUUGUGAUGCUAUACAACCACCUAUUGUAUUUUUGUCAUCUACACGAAAGGUUGGACCACGAUGUCUUUUGCAUUCUGGAGCUUUGCAAAAACAGUUAAAUGGAAAAACAUUAGUUGCGUUGCUAUUCAAUGAUUUUUUGAUGUUAACAACACCAUUGGAUCCAAUUGAACAGCUGGAAGAAUUCAGGAUCUCUAAAGUCAGUGAAGUGCAAUUAAAUCUUUAUAAAAUGCCUUUAUUGCUAGAAAACGCUGGAGUCAGUCAAACUAAAGAAAUGGAUGAUUGUUCGUUUGAAGUUCAUGCUGGAGAGUUUUCUGUAGUGCUACGUGCACCAAAUCGAAAUGCUCGUGUAUUUUGGGUUGCACAAAUUGAAAAAGCUAUUACUGAGUAUCGUAAUCAGUCUCUGACUUUGGAGACACCAUCAGUGGCUGGAGAUAUAUCGGAACAAGGCCGACUUUUUGUUGAAUUGGUUUGUAUUCGGAAUGUGGACAAUGCACUGAGGCUAUUGGGUGCGCAGUCAGUAUUUUGCAAAUUCCGAAUCGGACAGUCAUCGAAAUGUGCUGAAGUUGAUAUGAAUCGAAAAGAACACCUCUGCACUACUCAGUUAUCCAUAUAUAAAAGUACUUUGGACAGUCUUUUCGAAAUAUCAAUCUUUUUGAACCGGAUCUACUCACCAGAUCUCUGUGUAGGUAUGUUGUUAUUAUCUGAUUAUUGCUUGUGA